GCGUCGCGCGGGCCCUACUUCCGGUCUCUUUUCCCUCGCGGCGGGCGCGAUGGCCGUGGGGAAGAACAAGCGCCUGACUAAAGGCGGCAAGAAGGGGGCCAAAAAGAAGGUGGUGGAUCCCUUCUCCAAGAAGGACUGGUACGAUGUCAAGGCCCCGGCCAUGUUCAACAUCCGCAACAUCGGCAAGACCCUGGUCACCAGGACGCAGGGAACCAAGAUCGCGUCCGACGGCCUCAAGGGCCGGGUGUUCGAGGUGAGUCUGGCCGACCUGCAGAACGACGAGGUGGCCUUCCGCAAGUUCAAGCUCAUCACCGAGGACGUCCAGGGCAAGAACUGCCUGACCAACUUCCACGGGAUGGACCUGACCCGCGACAAGAUGUGCUCCAUGGUCAAGAAGUGGCAGACGAUGAUCGAGGCCCACGUGGACAUCAAGACGACGGACGGCUACCUGCUGCGCCUCUUCUGCGUGGGCUUCACCAAGAAGCGCAACAACCAGAUCCGCAAGACGUCGUACGCCCAGCACCAGCAGGUGCGCCAGAUCCGCAAGAAGAUGACGGAGAUCAUGACCCGCGAGGUGCAGACCAACGACCUCAAGGAAGUCGUCAACAAGUUGAUCCCGGACAGCAUCGGCAAAGACAUCGAGAAGGCCUGCCAGUCCAUCUACCCCCUCCACGACGUCUUCGUGCGCAAAGUCAAGAUGUUGAAGAAGCCCAAAUUCGAGCUGGGGAAGCUCAUGGAGCUGCACGGAGAAGGCAGCGGAUCCAGCAAACCGUCCGGGGACGAGACGGGAGCCAAGGUGGAGCGCGCCGACGGCUACGAGCCGCCCGUCCAGGAGUCCGUCUGAGACCGGCGCGUCCGUGGAAUAAAGAGCUUCACGGCUCAGUGCCGCCUG